AUGGUCAAAAGACUUGAGACAGAGGGGCCAACGAACAUCGAUCCUGAAGAAGAUGAGGGCGAGUACCUUAAAGAUCUCAUUGAUGAGUGUGGUACAGACUACGAAACUGAGGAAUCGCCCAAGCCGGAUGCAAGGCGACCCCCUAGCGGGGAGUCUAGUGUCCCAGAUGGUAAGGGUGAAUCCGAUCCCAAAGUCGCUAAAGGCAUUGAGGCGCUUAAGAAGGAAGCUACAUCAUUGCAUCAUCUGAUGACUCACGUCCCUAAGAAUCCCUAUUGCUCGGUAUGCAACCAAGCCAAGAUGUACAAGACCCCAGGCUACAAAACAGAGGGUCUUCGCUCCGUCGAGGCUUCCAGCUUCGGUGAUCACAUCACCGCCGACCAUGUGGUGAUCUACAGGGAUAACGAUUCUGUCGUAGAGGAAGCUAGAUUGGCCCUCGUCAUCAAAGAUGUCGCUACGAACUUUAUGUAUGCGUACCCUUCAGCCCUCAAGGAUGCCGACGAAUGUAAAGCGUCACUUCAGCACUUUGUUGCGAGCAAAGACAAGGUGGGUGUGUUCUAUAGCGAUAAUGCAAAGGAGCUCACGAAGGCUUCGAAAUCGCUCGGCUGGCGCCAUGAGCACAGUAAGGAAUAUGUCCAUCAGUCAAACGCCGAUGCCGUGCCAUCCGAUGAACAAAAGGCGGAGAUUGAAGACGCCAGCCGAAAGGUUGAGCAAGCCAUGGUCAUAGACCCACAAUCCGGUAGGUACGGCGGAGCCAGGGGUUCCACCAAGCCCGACGAGAUUCCUUCUCACCUCUGGGUCAACAUGUCAAAAGCUCAGAAGAAAAAGGCCAUUGAAGAAUCAGCUAUGAAAGCUGCCUUGGAGCUCACAGAAACGAGGCAUACAAUCAUCAUGCCCCUUGGAGGCAGUACUAUCGUCAACGAUGAAGAUGACUGGAAGAAUCGAAGGCGUCGCAACAAGAAGCUCCGGUUCAAGUGGAUCGGUCAAACGACGUUCGAAAUCAAGCCAAGCUUACAUCCCACUCCUAGCGGAGAUGGCUCUUAUCCAUCAAUGCCGGUCGUUGCCGCAACCGAAGAUGAGCAUCGCGACAAACUCCAAAAACACCCUCCACUCACUGAGGAGGAGAUUCGAGAUGCUAUGUCAAUGGUCGCCAGACCAGUUGGAAGGAAGGAGCUGAAUCAAAACCCCAAAGCUCAGGCCUCCCUGGACGUUGAAUGGGAGAAGCUCAUGAAGAAACAAGCCUGGGAUAUGGGAUCCGUCAGAGAAUGGGAUUCCGUCUCAAGCGAAGCAUUGAAGCGCAAUCGCAAAGUCCAUGUCGGCAAGAUCUUUGAGAUUUGUGUCGAAAAGGGCAGCGAACUCCCUGCUAAUGAUCCCCUUCGUAAAUUUAAGGGUAGAACAGUUUUUCAGGGUAACAAUGUGAAAGAUGAAAGUAACGACACCGCACUUUUCAGCGAGCUGGGCUCCAGCCCCGCUACAAUGGAAGCGGGAAAGACCUUGGACGCCUACGGGCACAUGCCGGGCAACGUUUGUGAGCAAGCCGAUGGUAAGCAAGCAUACACACAGACUAAGCUCAAGGGCGCUGAAACUUGGGUAAGAUUGCCUAAGGAGCGCUGGCCGAAAGGUCGUUACCUAGGUUGCGAGCACCUUUCUCAAUCUACGUCGCUUGGAAAAGCAGACCAUCCAUUUGCUCAUGUCUUCGACAAAAGCAUUCCUGACCCAGCUGCCAAACCAGCCACUGCAGCAGCUGUUCAAGACUACAGCGAAUACUAUCCUGAAGACGGUGUUGUCGUCCGACAUCAUCUUCAGCCCCGCAAAGCUUACUAUUCUCUCAAACCGGAAGAGGCUCAGGCGUUAAAUGUUGGCAAAAGUCGACUCACGGAAGUGACGUCCUUAGCUUUCCCCGAAGUGGUCGAAGAGGUUUGGGAUGACAAAGUUAGCUCUAGAAAGCGGGGGGAAUUAUGGACUGGACGCACGUAUCUUGUGUCCGAACAACUUAACCGCACAGCCGCGAUGGCUGCAAUCAAUCGCGUGCGUGACAAGACCAAAGCCAAGAAAGCCGCACGCAAGCAGGCGUUCUACGAUGUCAAUCAGCUUGACAAAGGUCAGGGCUGCAUGAAAUCGCCCACACGGCAGGUUAUCUAUGAUAUGAGCUCGUUUUUACAACAGGCCAUAGACCGAUACAAAGAGCUCACUCCUUCUGAAUUCCACAACUUGAAGAAGGUUUCUACUCCUUUCUAUGAUGAUAAGAUAGCUCGCCCAGUGGGAACUGAGGCCGAAGUUCGAGGUAAGCUCGCCCCGAUCGCCAGCCGUGUUCUGAUGAAGCUUUUGUUUGCGGCUAGGUUGAUGUGCUAUGUCCACAGCACCCUUCACUAUAAGAUGUCGGGAUUUGUGGGAGACAGCAUAGACAAAUGCAACCUUUGGCUUUUCGCU